AUGAUGGCCAUGGAAAAUGGCUCUUCAGUAACUGAGUUCAUCCUGGUAGGAAUUACAGACCAACCUCAACUCCAACUGCCCUUCUUCCUCCUCUUCUUAUUCAACUAUGUGGUCACUGUGCUAGGGAAUUUUAGCCUCAUUAAUCUAAUAUGCCUCAACUCCCACCUUCACACACCCAUGUACUUUUUCAUCCUCAACCUGUCCUUCAUAGACCUGUGCCACGCUUUCAUCAUUACCCCUAAAAUGCUGAUGAGCUUUGUGGUAGAGAAGAACAUCAUCUCCUUUGAAGAAUGCAUGACUCAGCUGUUCUUUUUCUGUUUCUUUGUCCACUCUGAGUGUUAUGUCCUGACAGCCAUGGCCUAUGACCGCUAUGUGGCCAUCUGCAAGCCCCUGAUGUACACAGUCACCAUGUCGCCUCAGGUCUGUGCUCUGCUGAUGAUUGGGUCAUACGUGAUGGGGUUUACUGGUGGCAUGGUCCACACGGGGGACAUGCUCAGGCUGUCCUUUUGCGAUGACAACGUCAUCAACCAUUACAUGUGUGACAUCUUCCCCCUCCAGCAGCUCUCCUGCAGCAGCACUUAUGUUAAUGAGCUGGUAGAUUCCAUUCUUGUGAGCGCAGUUGUGAUAACAUCCAGCUUCAUUAUUUUCAUUUCUUAUGCACUGAUUCUCUCCAAUAUCCUCCACAUGUCUUCCUCUCAGGGCUGGUCCAAAGCCUUCAGCACCUGUAGUUCCCAUAUCAUGACUGUUGCCAUUUUCUAUGGUGCUGGCAUGUUCACACAUCUCAAGACCUCUUCUGAUGGUUCCUUGGGCCAGGGGAGGUUCUUCUCAGUAUUUUAUACCAACAUAGUACCCAUGUUAAAUCCUCUCAUCUAUAGUCUAAGGAACAAGGAUGUCAAACUUGCUUUAAAGAAAACUCUAAAGAGAAUUGCAAAUUAA